AGCUCUUGAGCAUCACGAUCAUACUUCAUCCUACUGUUGAUCAAUAUUACAGAAGUUACUCGUCUAAGUUUGAAAGCAUCUGUAUCAAAAAAUUAUUCCUGCUAAAAUGAAUUCCGAAAAUCAAAGUUCUCCUGAAGCUCAGAAACUAUUGAAGAAUUUGAAACGAGGGGAAGCUGUUUUCAGUGGCAAUUCAAACGAUCGUUUUACAUUCACUUGGAAAGUGACUGACGACAUUUAUCAGCACGUUGAAGUAACUGAAACGGAUAAGCCGAAUUAUUAUACAAUGGGACGAAGUUUGUGGAUCGGCACUAAAAAAUUUGAAAGUCCGAAUCAAAUAAUGGCGACGCAUAUCAACGCGAUGGCUUAUAACGCCGAAGAAAUACUUGAAUCCAAGUACUAUCGCAGUGAGGUUCUUGGGUCCGGUGGCAAAGCUGAACAAGUAUUGAGGAAACAGAAGGAAGAAAACCCCGGUAGAAUUCCAUUCAUUAUUUCAGCUUCGAAAAAAUAUCCUGGAAAAUUUUUACUAUCGUAUGUGCCUCUAUUUCUAUGUUACCAUGAAUACGUUACUGUUACCCCAGAGGGGUUCGAAUAUCGCAACCAACUAUUCAAGAAGUUUAAGUCGUUGAUACGUUGGUUCAAAAAUCACGCUAGGAACCCGAACUCUGUCACUUAUGAUACUUCAGAUGUCACAUGUUCAACUGCUUGAUUUUUAUUUAUUUAUUUAUUUUAUAUAUUUGUAUGUAUUUAUUUUAAAUUUUUUACUACUUCUGUACAAAUUAAAUAAUUUUUA